CCUUAGCCGCCCGAUUUAAUUUUCUGUUCUUUGCAUAUUAACGCGCUGGUCGUUGUAGUUCGAUCUAAAUAACUUCCGAUCGUUGCGACAUGAAGCUGCGCGAAUAAAGUCGAAAAAUAUUUCUGAGCACAUUUAACAACAAUUAAUGAAACUCCGUGAGAAUAAAAGACGAUAACUUGUGAAACACAAUUUUGGUAUCCUAAGAGCACUACACAUAAUAAACUUGCAAAUAGAAACACAAAGAACAAAGCAACAACAUAACAUGUCAGAGUUGCAAGUAUUUACCACAAAUUCCACAAUCAAUACUCCAGACACAGUGGAGCUGUUCGAGCUGCCUCAGAACUAUUCGAUACUCAUUAACAAGCUGGAACGUCUGGCACUUGGUCUAGACUCCACAUUUGGCAACAUAACAGUGGAUCGCAAGGAAGUCGAAGUGGCGGUCAGCGGGUCAAAUGAGUUCCUCGAUUCCUUCGCUGGCCCACUGGUUACUGGUCAGAUAUCCCAGCAUCACGUCAUACAUCCGCAUCAUGAGACCGAGAUACCGGCAGUGGUCAGCGACAUUUGGAUUGGUGUGAUACUCACGCUGCUUAUUGUAUCGGUGAUAUUUUUCAUUUGCUCCUGCUUUUUGUAUCACAAAUUCCAACAAUGGAAGAAUUCAUAUCGCACUAAUCCGGAGCCAGGUGAGAUUUGUCGUCACUUUCCUCCAGAGUAUGAGGUAGAGUCCCUUCCAUCAUACACCAUCGUUUCCGGACUGCCUACGUACGACGAUGCUUUGGAGGAAUUCCGAAAGGCUGGCAUAAUUCUUACGCCACACAUGCCUGUGGUGAAGAUAUUUGAGAAAGACCCAGUUGUCGCAGCCAACACAUCUAAGGAAAACCGGAUAUUCAAUAUGGAAAACGGCGUGAUAGGCGAGGGUGACAACAUCUCAGUCAACUCCGCGUGCACUUGUGUGGCGGGGAACAACGCAAACUCUAAUAAUGCAAACACGCUAUACACCGUUCCCUCGCCGCAUGCUCCACAGAUCAUUGAGCUAUCACCUGAGCAAUUGGCAGCUUUGUCACAGAAGCGUCUGUCACUACAAAUAACCUUUAAUAACACCCUACGACGCAACUCACGCCCCCGUGGUGUCGAUCUUUAUCGUCAGGUUAAUCGUAAUAAUUUGCUGCGCUCGCAAGCUGCCGCAGCCGCUGCAGCAGCCCGCGAGGGUUUCCCACAAAUACAUCGCUCAUCAUCGACGCUGACGUUAUCCAACGAACCUCAUAUAUUGGACCCACGCCUGAUGCAGCAUCUGCAGCAUAGAGGAUCUCUAUAUUGAGGACCAGUAGGACACAAGGAUCGAUUGACACAAUGAUACUGUUACUAAAGAUUCAUACUUACAUACAUUAAUAUGUACAUGCAUUUGUACAUAUCGCACACCGUCUUCAAAAGAGUCACAACUCAAAAUAAUACGUUUGUCAGAAAAUGCGAAAAACUAUAAUCAUAUGGGCAAGGGCGACUUUACCGUAGUUUUUUUUUAAACAAAUUAUAACAAAAAUUUGCUCCAGUUUUUGUACAUUUUUAGCGCAUAAUUUCAAAAAUGCCAAAUUUUGAGUUGUGACUCUCUUGAAGACGGUGUGUGAUAUGUAUAUAUAAAGUAUAAUUGACCUGUUGAAUAUUGUAUAUGUACUUAUACAUUAAGUAUGAAGUUUUGUUUUAAGAUUAGUAUUUUAAAAUGUA